AUGGGUAUCCAAAAUCAAGACUUCAACGCAAUUCUCGAUGCCAAGUGCCGAGAAACCAUCGAGACCUCAUAUCCCCUAUUCGUCAUACAUCACAACCAUGUCACCACCAUCCCCGACGAGACCAUCUUCCAUCUCUGCCGCUGCAUCUUCGCCUCGGCCCUGCAGAAGCUCCCCGUGCAGAACCAGGACGCGAUAGACUUCCUGUGCCUGCGCAAGAUGCUCUCCUCCAUCUUCGACGCGGACCACCGCGCCUUCGUCCUCGACGACCCGGACCCGCGCAUCCUCGCCACCAUGGACGCCGACGCCAAGGCCUGCAUCUUCGCCCAGGCCGUCGCCGGGCUCGUCUACCUGCUGCGCAAGGUCGCCACCUGCAGCUGCACGCUGUCCCCCCAGGUCUUCGACGCCAAGCUGGAGCGCUUCGCCGCCAGCGAGGAGCGCAGGGUCAUGCUCGACGCCAUCGAGAAGAGCCCCGUCUGGUCCAACUGCUUCGAGAAGGCCCAUAUUGGCAACAUGAUCAUGGACGCCAUCAACGGCAAGCCCGUCGCCGGCGCGGACGUCGUCUCCGCCGCCGCAGACAAGAAGCGUAGCACCGAAGUGUCCGUCGUCGAGGUCCGCGCCGAGCAGGACCUGUCCACCAAGCAGCUGUGGGACGAUGGCCCGCACCUGCAGAGGAAUUUCGGCGUGCCGGAUGUGUUCCAGAUCAUGGUUCUGAACUAG